AUGGCGCUGAACGCGAACCCCGCUAGCGAGUACGUUCGCCUCCAGAUCUUUCCCCGCGAGACAAUCCGCGCCUGCCUGAAGGUCCUAGAAGGCCUCGACGAAGGCCCGCAUACCAUCAACCGGCGCGAGUUAGACGUAGCCAUGGACACCCACCCCGCCUUACUCGGCUCCUCCUCCUGUACGUGGCCUCUCGUACUGGACGCGAACAGCGACAUGGCCCGUUCCACUCGUCUUCUCGUGGCCGUGGCCGCAGCACGUCUCUCUAGCUCUCCCGGUCCCACGCACCGCAACACGCUGCAAGAGUACCUAGUCUCCCCUAUGGAGUUCUACGUCGCCGCCAGUGAGGUCACCGUCGACGGAGGAGGCUAUCUCAUCACGGGCGAUGUGCUCGAGCUGAAGCAUCCGAUGGUUACAACGACGACCAGGCACACCCGCUAUGUUCGUCCAGCGCAGGGGAAGCGUGCCAUGAAGCGGGUGGAGACGUCGCAGUACAAUGACGGCUAUCUCGAGGACGACGCAACGCUCCAAGGCUUCCGGACGAUGGUGUUAGCAGCGCAGUGGAAGGCUGGCCUGCUUCCUCACCCUAGCCUGCGCACUCCGCUCUGGCACGUGGAUCGUCGGGCGAAGCAUGCCGAUGUUCCGGAGGCGAUCGCACACCUGGUCACUGGUCAUUUGGACAAGGACAAUGACGCCGGGAAGAUAGAUGGAAAGAUCGAUGCGAGCUCCCUUCUCGAGAAGAAGACUGACCGUCUCUGCAUCAGCGACAGCGAAGCCUACAAGCCCAUCGGCACGCCCUCCGAGAACUCUCCUCCCAAUCAAGGAAUCCCCAGCCACGGUGUCCUCAAGCUAUCCUACACCGCGACCCUGGAAACCCCGACGGAGAAAGUACACAUCAGCAUCAAUCAACCCACCCUUCGGGGCCAGGAGAGCAAGAUGCUGGAUACCACCAAGGAGCUGUGGGGGUGGAUGGCGUCCAGGGGCUGCACUGGCAAGGUUCGAUUGGAGGAUGUUGUCGAGCUCGCUGGGAAGAUGGUUGGAAAGCAGGGGGACGGACCUCUAUUCAACGCGUAG